AUGAAAAUGAUGAUGGAUAACAUCUCGAUGAUAACAGUGUUUAGUCUUUCUGGGUUGAAUGAGAUCGCAAACUACAGAGUGGUUCUCUUUUCCUCCACCUUGCUUUAUUAUUGCUUGAUACUAACCAUCAACUGCUCUCUGAUUCUCACCAUUGUCCUGGACAAAAGCCUUCAUGAGCCCAUGUACAUUCUGUUGUGUUCCCUCUGCAUCAACGGGAUUUAUGGCACCACAGGCUUCUACCCCAAAUUCCUCCUGGACCUGCUGUCUUCGUCUCACGACAUCUCUUACAACGGGUGUCUCGUGCAGGCCUUUGUGAUGUUUUCGUUUGCCUGCAGCGACCUGUCCAUUCUCUCCGUCAUGGCCUACGAUAGAUACCUGGCCAUCUGUCGACCCCUCCGCUACCACAGUGUCAUGAACAAGCACAGGUUGUCCCAGCUAGUCUGCUUCUCCUGGUUGUGCCCUUUCAGCAUUUUUGCCAUCAACAUCACCCUUACGUCCAGGCUCACGCUGUGCAGCGACAAGAUCCAGCGGCUGUACUGUGUGAACUGGGUCAUCGUGUUGCUGGCGUGCCCGUCGAACAACACCACAGUGCACAGCAUCGUGGCGUACCUCACCAUACUGGUGUACGUUUUCCACGGGCUGCUGAUCGUCUUAUCCUACAUCUACUUGGUGAGGACGUGUCGGGGCUCCAUGGAGAAUAGGAAGAAGUUUAUGCAGACCUGUGUGCCCCAUCUUACCUGCAUGCUCACCUUCAUGUCCACUGUCGUCUUUGAUAUCAUGUACAUGCGCUUCGGCUCCAAAAACAUUGCACCAUCGCUGCAGAACUUCAUUGCAAUAGAGUUCCUGAUCAUAUCCCCGAUCAUGAACCCUCUCAUAUAUGGAUUCAAAUUGACCAAAGUACGCAACAAGAUUCUGUAUUAUUUAAUGUUUAUGGGAAAUAGUCACAACAGAAAGUUCAUGUGUUGACAAUAAUAAUUGUAGCAAUACAUUUAGAUUGGUCUAUUUCUCCUAGUAUUAUACACCAUAAUGUAAACAGUAGCAUACUAUACUACAAAUAAUAAGGGGAUACCACAAUGAUGCUUGAACAUAUAAAAUCACACAUUUCCUUUGCUUGUAUUUUACUUCUUACAUGGCAAACCUUCUCCCUGGUUAUUUAUUCCCUGUUUCAAUGUCGGUCUAGAUUAACAACAGUAGGUUUGGGACAGACGGACACAAAAACAUGCAAAUC